AUGCCAAAACAUAUGCCCACAACCAGAAUCGAACUAGUGACCUUGUCAUUACGAGUGACACGCUCUACCCCUGAGCCAUGCGGGCCUAAGCUUGCUUGCUUGUUUGCUGAACUCAAGUUCCAAGUGUGCAAAUCAUAUCCCCUGCUUGUCCCGUUUGUGAGGACAGGAGUGACCGUGCCCGCUGCGCGCGGGCACGCCAAAGGAAGCCUGGAGGAACUUGCCGGCUGCAGUAUCAGGAGAUGA